AGAAAUCAGAAAAAGGGUCAAAAAUCCUUCUGUAAAGCAUUUUAAGGAGUUCCUGGUGGGGCUUACGUCACUGACCAUAUUUAAAUCACACCAUCGCCACGCCCCCUGCUGCAGUUGGACUCCACCGACUUCCUCUCAGAGACGUCUCGCAGUCUCCCAGCUGACAGGAAGGUAACGGUCGUCACUGCCGCAGCUGGAGCAAACGAGGACCUAGAAACGCGCGGCUCCGUGUUGUGGAUGACAAAUAGAGGGAGCGACUUUUGGCUCAUGACUCGGAAUCAGCGGCUGCAGACAUUUGAUGGGAAGAGAAAGCGGACAGGGGAGACGGCAAAACACUCCGGAUGGUUACGAACGCCGCUGCCUCUGGAGCGGAACCUCACCCUGAAACGGAACGUCUUAUUGCCGACCUUCCAGAAAAGUUUCAGAAAAUAGAAACAUGCAUUCCUUCGCAUUGGUGAAUGUGCCGACUCAUCAGACUGGACAGUCAUCUCAAACCUCACAAACCACCCAUCCAUACCAAGGUGCAUUGGGAGUUUGGUCUGCAAACGCCACACAGCAGUAUGCAACGGGGAAUGGAGGAGUGCAACUGUCUCACGGCUCUAAUUUUGCCUCGCAGAAUGGAGCAAACCCUAGCAGACAAAUGUCAAAUUGGCAGAGCUCUGAUAAUACUUAUCUAGCGACUCAGCCGAAAAAUGCUUCACAUUUCAAGGAUUCUCUUUUCCAAAUAAUUCUUCGCCAGCAGCAGGAGCAGCAGCAGCAGCAGCAACAACAGCAGCAGCAGCAGCAGCAGCAACAACAGCAACAACAGCAGCAGCAGCACAGCAGCAGCAGCAGCAGCAGCAACAACAGCAGCAGCAGCAGCAGCAACAACAGCAGCAGCAGCAGCAACAACAACAGCAGCAGCAGCAGCAGCAGCAAUAUAGAUUAAACAAAUUACAAAAUGAGAAUCUUUCUGUGUCAAACACUGGCAUAUCUCAGCCAGCCACAAUGCAAAACUCUCAUCAAAAUGGAGUGGACCACAGUCAACGUAGUAAUCCUGUCAUAAACUCCACCUAUGGCCAACAAAGCAUGCCAGUGUUCUGCAAACAGACAGUUUCCUAUAAUGGGGCUCAGAUGAACAGGACCACAAAUGCCUCAGAUCUUCAACAGAGGUGGACCCAGCAGGCUUUUCAUCCAGCUGCAAAUGGAGGAAUGAGCAGACCCAUUUCAUCAUACCCUGCCGCUCCCUCACUUCCAUAUGACCAGACGGUCAAUGCCAACACAACGCUAGCUGCAGCUAUUCAUGAUGGUCAAGCUCCUGUGUCUUCUAAUCAAAUUCACAGACCAAAUUUCUCUCAGGGUGGAUGCUCUCAAAACUAUACAUCAAGCUGUGGAAUUGCAGCCUCUCAGACAUUUAAGGACAACAAUGUUGCUGCUCAGGGUACAUCCUCAAAUGCUCAGACUGCACAUGCUAUGCUUUUUCAUCAAAUAAACCAGCAACCUUCAACUCAGAGCAAUCCUUCACAUAACAACUACAGAAGUUUCAGGAAUAUAAAUUUGUGGAAUGAAAGAAAUUUUCUUUCAGAAAGAAAUGAUUCUCCUCCUCCUUACAUGAGCCCAGAUCCUUCCAUUGUGUCCAGAAUGUCUAAUCAAAAUAGCCAAACUGCGACCGUAGCUCCUUCUGAAAAUCCCAGCUUGAAGACUAGCCAGUCUUUAUCCCUCCAGUCUGGACAGCCUUGGCCUCAAAGUGUUAAGUCAAGAGCACAGCACAUUGUAAAUGCAUCAUUUCAGCAAAACUCAUUAGCAAAUGUGGUGUACCCCCGUUUCACAUCCGAGAAUGGGGGUGGAAGUGGCCAGAUAGUUGACAUCAGUGAAACUGUAACUAAAAGAUUUCCUGUCGAUUCACUGAGUAAUUCAUCACAAGGAUAUAAGAGGGUGUUAAUACAGAGAGGUGAAGCCAUUGUAGUAAGUAGCCAAUCAAAUAAGGAUGUUGGAAUGUCUUCACCAUUCAAACAAAAUGAAAGCUGUUCCUCCUCCGUGUCUGGUCAUACCGGCAUUAGAGCAGUUGCAGUUGUUCCCCCAUUGUCGCAGGAGGAGCCUAAUUCUCCUGCCUCCGCUGAACCUUGCAAAUCUGUGGACGACGCAGAAAAAACAUGCAUUUUAUCCCAUGUAGCUACAAUUUGUGAGACUGCAUCUGAAAGCGAGCAAUCCAAUCAGAAUCAAGUGAUCACCAACAAAGCAGCAUCAGAGCCAGAAAGUUUAACUCAAACACCAGAGAGCGAUCAUCAUGAAUCGGUUGUUGAAAGGGUUUCAGAAGAGUCGACAAAUCAAACUGGUUCUGGAAAACAAACCGAAGUGGCUCCACCUCAAUCACCACCUGCUCAUGAACUUUCUCAGCUCCCAACAAAAUCUUGGACCUUUAAGGAUCUGACCAAAUUAAUAAUGGUGAUGGAAGCCGAACCCAAGCAAAAGGGGACACCCGAUGUGUCGAAUGUUGUCAAAUUAUUUAUUACGAUGUGGGAUAAAAAUAUUAGAGCAAUGCUUCAUGGCUACAAGGAAUACUUGGAAAUGGCUUCUAUUGCUGAAAAAUUCUGUCACGCACACGUCAAGCGGGACACUUCUAUACUCACACAAGUUAGCCAAGGCUUUAAGGACCAACUCAAACGGUACAAAAUCCUCAAGGAAGGUGAGGUCUUCUCAGAACCUCCUUACAGAUCUUUGUGGUUGAAUGCCAAUGAUCAGCUUGAUGACAUAGAUAAGGAGUUUGGCUUCCCUUGGGCUUUGAAGCGACAUCUUUAUGUGGACGAAACCACAACCGAAGACUUUGAGACUUUCGAAAACGUUCCCGAACAAGCUGCCAGUGAGUCGAUAAACAAAGUUUUGCGUCUAACAGAGUGUGAAGCAGUUGAUAUGACUGAAGAAAGUGCAACCCCCCAGAACCUUACUGCUUCCCCACAUGAGUUGUCAGGGAAAGAUUCCUGUGACUUGAGCUACUUGUUUAAAAUAGAGGUUUUGCCUCCAGAGAAAGCAAAAAUUAUCUUUGAGCAAGUGCAGAAAAACGAGAAUCAAAGCUCUAACUGUGGAAAAGAAACUGAUGCAAGCGACUCUGAGCAGAGAGGGGGAUCUGAAGAUAUGGAUUCCACAAUAGAUGAUCCCAAACUAAAGAAAUCUUCAGACAAUCAGCUGGAAGAGAUUUGCUGCCUUGCAAGAUUUAUAGAAAUGAACUCAGGACUAGGCAAACUCUUCUCCAAAUGCCAAUGCACAGACAAACAAAAUGCAAAUGAAGGCACCAUUGAGAUCCUUAAACCAGAAUCUGACUGCUCACCAAACGACCAGAAGGUUGUUAAUCGUCAAACUGUUACUCAGAUUGGCUCUGGUCUGUCCAUUGACCUUGGUCAGAUAAUUGAUUUGACUGACGACAACGAUGGCCAACUUUUUUCUUUUUAUAAUAAAGAAUCAGACGCCAUUUUCCAGACCUGCAGCCAGUCAAAUGCUGUUAGUGUAAGCAAUCAGGAGGCUGGUGAACUUUCUGUUGAUUUUUCCUCUCCAAAAGAGGUGCACGAGUUUGUCUUGGAGGAGAGAGAAUCUGAGUUGGAGCAGGUACAAGAAAAGCUGCCAUCAGCAGGAGCUGUGCAGUCGAGUGAUUCAGUGUGUGGUACCCAGCUAACCAAAUCUGAUCCUUCCAAUUUAAUUGAAACAAAUGAGCUACCUCUGUGUUUUAACCAGAAAGAAAACUGUGAACAAGCUCCUUUAACAUCUGACGAUGAAUCGCCUUCAGAAAACAAAACUCAAGUUAGUGUCGCCGCCAGCCAGACAUCCUUAAACUUUGUUGUUAAUAGGAUAAAAACAGAGAAGAGACAAAGGAGCCUUGACAAUUUUUUCCCAAUUCUAAAGAAGUCUAAACGCAGACUGCCUGUUGCCUCACAUUCAGAUCACAACUCUGAAGUUCACGAAUCGGCCUCUGAAGGAAAAACUGUAGAAUUGGUGUUGUUUGGAGCUGGGCAACCAGAGAUGAGUUCUCCACCCAGAAAAGAUGAUGUCCCAGUUUCUUCUCAAAUAAGAGUGUCUUAUGAAAAACAUAAACCACCUGAAGUUGUGUCUGUGAAAUUAGACUCUUUGGCAACGGAGUCCACUCCAGCUGAGCCCAGAAGGGAGUACUCGAUCAAACAGCUUAUUUAUGAAAAAUGGAGGAGCAGUAUUCCGACUAUGAGUGGAUCAGGUUUUUUUCGGCACAAAAACAAACUGAAAAGGCAAACCAGUUUACCUGCUGUGAUUUCUAGUGAAAGCACAAAAGAGCAGGCGCAGACAAUUUCCCCUAAACUGAGAUUCUCUGACAGAACUAAAAAGUACAUUCAGAGUUUCAAGAAGAAAAGGAAGACCCUCGCUGAUCGCCUUACACGUGAAGAAACAAAGAAGAGGCGCUACAGUGUCACCCUCGGGCGACCUGAACAUCAGAUGCGAGGUGAAACCAGUGACAAGAUGCCGGUCCAUGACAAUAUUGUCUUGAAGUUCAAUGUCCUGCCAAACACCUUUAACUUGGCAGAUGUGUCUGCUGAGACAGAGGAGGCAGCUGAACCUGUUUCAGAUGAGUUGAAACCAAUAGAAGAAAAAGGUGCCUUCCAUAAGAAAGUUGCAGCAAAACCAAAAGGAGCCUGGUGUCCAAGUGAACCAAAACAAUGCAAGGCACAACGUGUCUCUAAGAAUGUCGGCCUCUUCCAUGAGUAUCAGAAGAAAUACAAGGAGAAGACUUGCACAUCGACAGAUGAUUGAUUGAUGCAUAAUGUUACUAAACUUUGUUGCUGACAGUGUUUAUGUUCUAAACUCAGGGAGUAGACUUGUACUAUGUUUUAAGUUUAAUCUCCCUGUAAGAGACCUCAGUACUGCUUCCUCAUUAAAAAGCAUUAAAAAGCCUACACAUUGGACUGAUAAAGACUGAUUAUUCUGUAUUCUGUGUAUAUUACUGUAUUUUGGGUUUUUUUUUCACUUUUUUUGUACCAAGAGGUGUUCUAUUUUUUUACAGUGCUUUAUAAUGUUUGAAAAGAUUAACUUUAAAUUUGUCUUGCAUGUUUUUGUUGUGCAAAUAAAUUUUUUUUUUGCUAA